AUGUCCAGCAAUUCCCCUUCCUUUUCCUCUACCCCUUCCAACCCUCUCCAGCGAGCUCACGCCCUUUCACUACAGGCAUCCACCCUGGUCCGACCAUCACUCGUACCCCUUGCGACACUCAACCAAGCAUCGGCUUCAUAUCGCGAAGCUGUGGAGCUAUAUGAGAAAGCUCAGCAGGAUGCUGAGACCAGAGGAAGCGAUGAAGUAAAUACCUUGAAGAUGCUCGUCAUACAGCAUCGCAAAUUGCUGAAAGAUGUGGAGAGACGAAUAUCGAACGCUCAAAAGGAUCAAACAUCUACAUCGGACGCACCACUUUCUCGACCCAGUAUGGAAGGUGCGACCAGACCUGCUCAGAGACGAUUGGUCAGCAAAAGUGCUGCUUCUUCGGCUGCGACAGGAACAACCGCAGGGAUACCAAGCGGAUUUGGAUUAUCGGGUAUACCGCCAUCAGGAAUAGUAAAUCGUCGAUCGAUACCGCCUUUCUCUCUACGUCCAAUCCCCAACCCAUCUGCACCGACCGGUGAACCCUCCCUCUCGCCAUUAUAUUCCUCUUCGUCCACCUCUUCUUCGACUGAAGAGUCAUUCAUUCAUUUCGGUUCACCUCCCGAGACGCUCGACCCAUUCUCGCGGUUUUGGGGUAUGCUCGAAAAUAUGUUAGAGGAAGUUAGUGGUCCGGUCAUGUUUGCCACCGCUCCUGUCGAUGCUCCUGCACCUACCGCCACUGAUGCCAGAUCAGGGGGGAAGAAGGAUGAUAAGUUGAGCAGGGAAAAGACGAUAACAAGGACAGGGAAGCAGAAAGAGACGGAGGAAAGCUUUUAUGUAGUGAAAAAUCGCAGAGACAAGACGAUAAAUCUCGAAUCUACAGAUGAAGAAGAAGAAGAAGACUUUGUUGAACGACCCAGUAGCUCGACGAACAGUGCACCUACCAAAACUGCCGAAGAGCUCUUACUUGAAAAUGCAUCCUUGAAAACUUCCCUAGACGCCUUAGCACUCCACGCAGAAUCGGUGGAUAAUACCAACAGAACGUUGAAGAAGCAAUUGGAAGAGAGGGAAAAGGGAUUGAAAGUAAUUAUGGAGAAUUUGAAGAAGGAAGCUGGUAGAGUCAAAUCUGUGGUUGGACAAUCGCAAUUAUUAUCGAAUUCAAGUAUCACCAGAUUACCUGGAUUAGGGAUGGUAGGUUCAACUGGAGGUGUAGGUGGGGCAGCAAAGGAUGAUAUGACUUCUAAGAAACGAAUAAAAGAAUUGGAAGAUGAAGUACGAAUAUUGAAAGGUGAGAACGAAAAGCAGAAAGAACAGAUAGGUAGAUAUAAAGAACGAUUUGAAAAAAUAAAACAGAAUGCGAAAGCUAAGAAGGAAGCCAAGUUGGCUGCUACAGCUCAAUCUGAUGGAAACAAAUAG